AUGGCCAAGUCGAAAUCAGCAAAGCGCAAGCGCAACGAGCAAACUAAUCUUCCUCUCAAACUGACCAAAGUCGUCUCUACUCCCACUCCUCUCCCCGAUGUCACGACACUCGACCCCAAACACCUCAACACAAUCGUCGCAGACGAGGAGCUUGAAGUCACCAUCGAAACGCUCGCAGCCCUCACGCAACACCCCAGCUUGACCAAGUCGAAGGCAUGCAAAGACCUCCGAGUUGCAGUGUACGACUUCCGUCAGGCCUGCAACACCGGCGCAAACGCAGCCGAAGGCGCCAAUUUGACUGCACGAAUAACUGGCGCCCUAGCCGACGAACAAUACACCGAAGCCAAGAUCCUGCUCGCUGAACUGCGAAUCCGAAGAGAACAACCCAAGAUUGGAGCCUUGUGUCGCUGGGUUCGAGAUCUGGACGUCGUCAGCGGCCUCUCGAAGAAGCCCGGUGCUCUCCAUCUUCCUCCGCAGCGCAGCCCAAGGGACUUGCAACUCCUCAGCGUCCUUGAUGCCGUCCUGCGCGUCAGCACCCCGAUUGAUACGAACCCGAAUGCCAUCGAUUCACCCUCCUCUCCCAUCGCCUUCCAGAAUGUAUGGGAUCUCCGGCCCUCGACAGAAUCCCUUCCUAUAUACGCCUCAGUCCUUGAUAAAUCCAUUCUCGCCCACGCACCGAAGUCUCCCUCCGCCCUCCGCAUCAUUGAAGAAACCCCCGGCCCUCUCCGUAAACCUCCGAAUCACCACCCCGCGAUCCUGUACACAACCGCCCCGAACGCGGUCCCGCUGGCCGCCAAUGGCCCAUCCGCGACCUACCACCCCCAUCCGGCAGUGCCCGGCCUCGGCCUCGCCACAGACAUCCUCUCGACCGACGAGUGCAAGUCUAUAAUCGCUGCUGGUGAAUCGGUCAACUUCCUCCCUGACGCACCCUUCCGCGGAGACGGCGACAUGAGCAUUCUCGCCCACAACUUCUACUGGGUUGUCGACAUCCCAUUCCACGACCUGCUGUGGUCGAGAAUCGCCCCUCACGUACCACCCGUGAUCAACGGUCGUAAAGCUCGCGGCCUGAAUCGUCGCUUCCGUGUAUACCGAUACGUCCCCGGCGCCGAGUACCGGUGUCACAUAGACGGAGCCUGGCCGCCAUCCGGCAUCCUCCCCGACGACACUUAUGUGUACGAUGCCUCGCCCGAAGACCAGAAGCAAAGUUCAAUGUACACCUUUUUGCUCUACCUCAACGACGAGUUUGAGGGCGGCGAGACGACGUUCUUCAUACCUGGCGUCCGGGAGGGCGUUCUGAACGCGUACCCCCUGCGGCCGGUGAUGGGAGCCGUUGCGCUGUUCCCGCACGGAGAAUCCAAUGGGGCGUUGCUGCACGAGGGGACGAGUGUUACGAAGGGUGCAAAAUAUAUCAUUCGGAGUGACGUAGAGUAUGACAUCAAGCCUUCGGAAGAGUAG